UUGGGGUUGUACGGAAUGUUGCCGGCGGAGUAGGAACUCCCGCCAUUUUUCAAUCAGGUAUUAACGCUCUUGUUUAUUUUGUAUUUAUUGACAUUAUAAACCAUAACUAUCGCAAAAACUAUUUGAUCACCGGACAUUGUUGAAGAACUGACAGAAGCGUCUGUCUGGGAAGAGGCCGAGCCUGCGUAGACUAGAGAAGAAAGCGCGCCAGACCCCCUGACGGGCGCCUCUGCUGUCCCCGCGAAUUGGACAAUUUAGUAAGGCUUGCUUUUCCUACCCGGCGUAUGAGCGAAGUUUCCGCAGAACAGCGGAACAGUUGAAGACUGGAACCAAUCCGUACACGACACCUUGAAACUACAUGGACAUAAUAGAACUAUGACACAAGCGCAAAUCCUCUAUACUAGAAGAACAAGAAGGAGAUGUAACUGUUAGCCGUGUUAUUGUUUUGCUUCAGAGAUCAAGCGAGCUAGCAUGCUAGCCUAGCUGGGUGCUAGUCACACAGUGAAUGCUCGGGAAACGUGGGAAGCGAUUUGUGAUAACGUGGGAUUCUGGAAUACAUGCAAAGUUUGUGUGUCGUAUUUCUGAGGAGUUUUGUGCACGAAGGAGGUUUAUUUAUUGAGCUGCCACCGCUGUCGUCCCUUACCCACGAUGGCACCGUUGUUGGGCCGGAAACCAUACCCACUGGUUAAGCCGCUUGCGGAGCCGCCGGGCCCAGGAGAAAACGUCUACAUCAUCGAGCACACUAAGGAGGCCUUCAGGAACAAAGAAGAGUAUGAGGCCCGCCUGCAGAAGUAUGGCGAGCGCAUCUGGACAUGCAAGAGCACAGGCAGCAACCAGCUCACACACAAGGAGGCCUGGGAGGAAGAGCAAGAAGUGACAGAGCUGCUUCAAGAGGAGUACCAGACCUGGUUUGAGAAGCCAGUGCUGGAGAUCGUGCACCAUAACACAGUGUCUCUGGACAAGCUGGUAGACCUGGUCUGGGUGGAGAUCCUCACCAAGUAUGCAGUGGGCGAGGAGUGUGACUUCCUGGUGGGCAAGGACAAGAGCUUCCGGGUGAACGUGGUGAAGGUCCACCCGCUGGACACGCCGCCGGAGGAGGCCGGCGAGAAGAAGCUAGAGGGGGCCUGCGACUCGCCCUCCAGCGACAAGGAGAACGCCAGCCAGGAGAACCAGAAGAAGGAGCUGGCCAAGGAAGAGGAGGGCGGCCGAAGAGAAAGCCUCUGUGAUCGCGCAAGGCGGUCGCCAAGGAAACUGCCCACCAGUAUGAAAGAGGAGAGGAAGAAGUGGGUGAUGCCCAAGUUCCUGCCACACAAGUAUGACAUCAAACUGGUCAACGAGGACAAGAUCAUCAGUGACGUUCCUGUGGACAGCCUCUUCCGCUCCGAGCGUCCGCCCAACAAGGAGAUCAUGCGCUACUACAUCCGGCACAACUCCCUGCGCCUGGGCACGGGAGACAGCGCCCCCUGGGUGGUGGAGGAUGAACUGGUGAAGAAGUUCAACCUGCCCAGCAAGUUCAGCGACUUCCUGCUCGACCCACACAAGUUUCUGGCGGAGAACCCCUCGACUAAACGCAAGAGUCUGAGCUCUCCAGAGGGCAAACCCAGCAAGAAGCUCAAGACCUCGGAGCCAGGGGCCGAGGGCGACGGGACCAAUGAGAAGGGAGAGAAGAAGAAGAAGAAGAAAAAGAAGGACUCUCUCCCCAUGCCGCUCAGUCCUACAAUUUGGGGUCACAUGCAGAAGAAGGUGAAUGGGUCUCCACUAAAGAUGAAGAAUUCAGGGACGCCCAAAGCCGACGGCGGCGUCCUGGCUACACCCAAAUCCGCCAAGAAAGCCGGCGAGAAGAAAUCGGCCGACGGCAAGAAGAGCCGCAAGAGCGGCGCGAAGGCCUCCAAGAAGGACGACAAGUCGGCCGGCGGCAAGAAGCCCAAGAUGAAGCAGAUGACGCUGCUGCAGCUGGCCAAGAGCCAGGCGUCCAAAGCCGCCGGCAGCCCCAAGAAACGCGCCCGCAGCUCGGUCGGCGGCGCCACGGCCAAGCUCGGCAAGCCGCUGCCGCCGGUGGCGCUGCACCUGGUGCGCUACUACAACCAGAACAAGGAGCGCGAGGACCGCAAGAACGCCAUCUCGUCGCUGGUGUCCAAGGCGGCCAAGGUGCUGUCGGCCGAGGAGCGCGGGCGGCUGCAGCCCGAGGAGCUGCGGACGCAGGUGCAGAAGCGCUGGGAGCUGAUGGAGCAGAAGCGGCGCUGGGCGGCCAUGAGCGACGAGGAGCGGCAGGCCGAGCUGCGGCGGCGGCGCGAGGAGCUCAAGGAGAAGAUGCGCGAGCGCGCCAAGGAGCGCCGCGAGAAGGAGAUGCUGGCGCGCCGCGAGCAGCAGCGGCGCUUCGAGGACCAGGAGCUCGGCGGCAAGGCGCUGCCGGCGUUCCGGCCCGUGGAGACGCCCGAGGGGCUGCCCAACGAGCUGUUCGGCGACGUGGCCAUGGUGGCCGACUUCCUGAGCUGCUACGCCGGGCUGCUGAUGCCCGACGAGCAGUACCCGGUGACGGCGGCGGCGCUGCUGGAGGCGCUCGGCGGCGAGCGCGCCGGCUUCCUGUACCUGAGCCGCGUGCUGGUGGUGCUGCUGCAGACGCUGCUGCAGGACGAGCUGGCCGAGGGCUACAGCGAGCUGGACAUGCCGCUCUCCGAGAUCCCGCUCACCAUGCACUCGGCGUCCGAGCUGGUGCGCCUCUGCCUGCGGCCCAGCGACCAGGACCAGGAGAGCGCGCGCGGCUCCGACGAGAACAACGACGGAGGCGGCGGUGGAGGAGGCGGAGGAGGAGGCUCGGGCCUGGGCGGCUACGACGAGGUGGUGACGGCCGACCUCCUGGAGCAGCUGGAUACGCGCGAGGUCUUCGAGCUGCCGCCGCCCGACAAGCUCCGCCUGCUGGUGGCGCUGUGCCACCGCAUCCUCAUGACCUACUCGGUGGUGGACCACGUGGACGCCAUGCACCAGCGCUCGGCCGAGCUCUGGAAGGAGCGCCUGGCCACGCUCAAGGAGGUCAACGACCGCAAGCGCGCCGAGAAGCAGCGCCGCAAGGAGGAGUUGGAGGCUAAAGGUCAAGGCCAGGGUCAGGGUCAGGCGGCAGUGCCUGGCGCGGCCGGCUGUGUGAAGAUGGAGGGAGGAGUAGGAGGAGUAGGAGGAGACUCGCCUCAGGUGAAGGAGAAGCCGGCGGAGAACAAGAAGAGGGAGAGCGGGGCCAAAAAGGAGGCCGUGACCAAGAAGGAGGGCGGGAAGGUCAAGGUGGAGGUCAAGGCGGAGCCCCCCGCGGAGCCGGAGGUCGUGGACAUGAUCAGCACGGUGAAGAGCCGGAGGCUCAUGUCCAUCCAGGCCAAGAAGGACAAGGAGGAGCAGGACCGGCUCAACAAAGAACGCAUGGAGCGGGAGAUGGAGGAGGAGCGAAUCAGGAAGCAGCGGGCGUCAGCAGAGAGGGCCUUCCACGACGGCAUCGCUAAAGCCAAACUCGUCCUGAGGAGAGUACCACUGGGCACUGACCGCAACCACAGCCGGUACUGGCUGUUUUCGGAUGUAGUGCCGGGCCUAUACGUGGAGAAGGGCUGGGUGCACGAGAGCAUCGAGUACAACUACACCCUGCCCCCAGUGGAGCAGCCUGCUCCAGAGGAAGAGGAGGAGGAUGAAGAGCAGGAUGCUGAGGCCAAUGGCGAGAAAGAGGAGGAGGGAAGCGAGAGCGCCUCUACCGAGGGUGUCCAGCAGGUGGCGCCAGCUGCCCCUGAGGCAGUCAUUGAGACCACCGUCCCCAAGCUGGGUCAGAACCUCUGGUUUGUGUGUGACACCCCGCGGGACUUUGAGGAGCUGAUGGAGAAUUUACAUGCACAAGGAGUGAGGGAGAGCGAGCUGAGGAGCCGACUACAAGACCGGUCCCAGGACAUCCUUCAUUCCAUCCACCUGACCCGCAAGGGCAACCCGGGCCUGAAGACCUGCGACGGGCACCAGGAGCUGCUCAAGUACAUGCGCAGCGACGUGCUGGAGGUGGCAUCACGUCUGCAGAAGGGCGGCCUGGGCUACAUGGACGACACGUCCAGUUUUGAGGAGAAAGUGCGGUCACUGGAGAACCUGAAGGACUUUGGGGAGUGCGUGAUCACGCUGCAGGAGAGCGUCAUCCAGAAGUUCCUGCAGGGCUUCAUGGCCCCCAAGCAGAAGAGGAAGAGGAAGCAGGGGGGCGAGGAGCAGAGCGCCAAGGCCGAGGAGGUGGACGAGGAGAAGAAGAUCGCCGAGGAGGCGCGGGUGGCGACGGCUGUGGAGAAGUGGAAGGUGGCGAUCCGCGAGGCGCAGACAUUUUCCCGCAUGCACGUGCUGCUAGGAAUGCUGGACGCCUGCAUUAAAUGGGACAUGUCCGCGGAGAACGCUCGCUGCAAAGUCUGCCGCAAGAAAGAGGAUGAUAAGCUGAUCCUGUGUGACGAGUGCAACAAGGCGUUCCAUCUCUUCUGCCUGCGGCCGGCUCUCUACCGCAUCCCUGCCGGGGAGUGGCGGUGUCCGGCCUGCCAGCCCGCUGUGGCACGCCGCUGCUCCAGAGGACGAAACUACAACGAAGACAGUGAAGAGGAUGAAGACUCUGAGGAAGAGGAGGAAGAAGAUUCGGACGAAGAUGAUGAGGAGGAGGAAGAUAAUGACUACAAAGCCAUGGGACAUAGCUUGCGGCCGCGAAAAAAGGUCAAGCAGUCUUCCUCACGCUCAAAGAGCCAAUCAAAAUCCUCAUCCAAGAAACAGACGACACCCAGCAACAAGUCCAGCUCCAGCAAGUCGAAGGGAACGAGUAGCCCUGCUGACAUCGACGAGCUGGUGCGGCAGAGCUCUCGCUCUGGAGGCCCUCGCAGGGUGGUGGUGGAGCUGGAGAAGUGUGAGGAGAUCCUUCAGAAGCUCGUCAAGUUCCGCUACAGCUGGCCCUUCAGAGAGCCAGUGUCCCCUGACGAGGCCGAGGACUACCUGGACGUGAUCAGCCAGCCGAUGGACUUCAGCAGCAUGCAGGACAAGCUGAGCGCAGGCCGCUACCGCACGACCCAGGACUUCCUGGAGGACAUGAAGCUGGUCUUCUCCAAUUCCGAGGAGUACAACCAGCCCGGCAGCGCCGUGCUCAACUGCACCGUCCGCACCGAGCAGAGCUUCACCGAGCUGCUGCAGAAACACCUGCCAGGCCUCAGCUACCUGCGCCGGCGCACACGCAAGCGCCUCAGCCAGGCCGAGGCCGAGGAGGAGGAGGAAGACGAAGAGGAGGAGGAGGAGGAGAAGAAGGGGAGGGAUAAAAGGGGCUUGCAGAACGGGCGAGGCUCCUCGUCUGCUUCCAACGGCCGGCGCGGCAGGAGUCGAAAGAGGGAAGAGGAGGCGAGCGAGAGCGAGGAGGACGAGGAAGACGACGAGGACGGCCGGCGGAAGAGCCGGAGGGGCGCGGGGAGGAAGGACUACCGCGAGCGGGCCGAGGAGGAAGACGAUGAUGCGGAGGGGGGAAGUGGGGGCGGCCGCAGCAGAACUCGAGCACGCAGGGGCGACGACGAGGACGGCCAGCGACAUUCCAAGCGACAAAAACGCUCUUCGUGAAACCCAGGGUGCUCGUUAUGAUAUUGUUGUUUUCUUACGACUUGGGUUUUUUUUUUUUCUUUCUUUUUUUUCUGUGCUAUUUGUAAACAACCCCCCACCUCCCAGAAAUGUAAAAUUUGGACCCCUAAACCCCCUACCCCCACGAUAGACCUCCCUAUUUGGACCGAAUUCUCUCCUACUUGUAUGUUGUAGAUUUUUUUUGUUCCCAAUUCCUUGUAUUAUUUCCGUGCUUCAGGGAGGUUUUAUGUUGAUAUUUUGACAAAGAAAAACUGAUUUAUAUUUGUAAUGGCAUUUAUUAUCAGUGACUUUUUUUCAACUGAUGAAGCAAAUUUCCUGAGGGAAAAAAAAAAACUAAAAAAAAAACAAACAAAAAAAACAAAACUAAAGAAAAUCUAAAAUUUGAAAGUGAUCUCAUUGAGCUCUUCAAAACAGUUUAUUUUGUUCUUUCGACUUGUUCCCUUUUAGACCUCACUUUAUGCUCUCUCUCUCUCAUGGUAAAUACCUCCUAUAACAAAUCCUGCAAUUGCCUCAUAGCCAAUAUGUCAGUAAUUGGGUCUUCUGUUCUCUGUUUGGUUGCAUUAUCGUUGUUUUGCUGUUCCAUCAAUAUUGCUGGGUUCUAAAGCUUAAGCUUAGAACCCAGCAGGAUUAUGACCAACACAUCAUCUUCAGCACCGACCAGUUCUAGCAUCGUAGAGAUUCUCCAGAACCACAACAGCGAGAGAACCAAACCGAACUGCACGUCUCAGGUUAGCUGAAGUGGUUCAGACGGAUCCUACCCAAAUUACCCUAAUACCUCCACCCACCUAGUUUGUUGUUAUCAGCCAUGUCACUAGAGAGCUUUGGAAAAUUAAAAUGGUCAAUCUUGAAGUAUGCAACAUCAGUCUGCGUUUAAACAGUCUUCAGUGUUUGUUUUGUUUUAUUUUCUUUUGUUUUGUUUUUUUGACAAUAAAGACACAAUGAGUAUCUUU